AUGUCUGAGCAUUCCACCAUCACAGCAUCCAUCUCUUGCUUAUGUGGGAAAGUAUCUUCUCAGCAGAUAGCCCUAGCAUCCUUAGUCAAAUCCCUUAACGAAGUUCCUCUUUGUCACUGCAGCGCUUGCCGCACAACAAGCGGAGUCCUUUGCACCUCCUACUACUCUCUGCUAACACCAGACCCAACACUACAACCCCAUUUAAAAUCCCAGUACGGAGACGACCAGCUAGUAUCCAAUCCGUAUUUGCGAGAAUAUGUUGAAUCCCCUCGACUGAGUCGGUGGUUUUGUGGUGUCUGUGGUGCUCAUGCCCUUACACAACUGAAGCCAGAAAACAGGUAUUUGAUUGCUGCGGGGCUUGUUGUUCCUACUGCAUCGUCUAUGUCCGAUUCAGAAUGUGUUGCAGUUCAUUGGUGUGUCGGAGAGACUCAUGAUGGUGGGCUAAGUGUUUUCAUGCCUGGCUCGGCGGAUUCCGGCGGCAUUGCAUGUCUUAUCGGGUCUGUAGAUGCUGCGAACACGCCCAUUACGAGAUCAACGAUGCUUGAACACGAUGUAGGAGAAAAUAAGACAGAAAACUCCGACGAAGACAUACUGCAAGCUCAAUGCCACUGCGGAGGCACAAGCUUCACCGUCACCCGUCCCAACGACAAGUCCAAAGCACCCUGGUCCCCAUGGCCUGACAUGAUCGUACCCUAUCAUUCCGGUUCUCCAAAGAAUCCCGAAUACGUCAAAUGGUGGCUCCGUGCCAACGACACCAAGUACUUUGCCGGCACCUGCGCCUGUAACUCAUGUCGACUAGGCAGUGGCUUCCCAAUCCAAUGUUGGGCAUUCAUACCUAAAGCCAAUCUCGUGAUGAAUCAGGGCAACACAUUUACUUACGAAACAGGAACAAUGAAACGAUUCGAAAGCAGCCCCGGGGUGUAUAGAGAGUUCUGUGAUACGUGUGGUGCGACGGUGUUCUGGCAUUGUGAUGAGAGACCUGGUGUGGUUGAUGUGAGUGUUGGAUUAUUGCGAUCCAGUAGUUACUGGGGCCAGGGCGGAGGAUUGGCUGGAAUGGGCAACUGGGAGAGUGAGCUUUGCUGA